UCGUCUGCUCUUAUGCAAAUUGUUUCGUUUUUAGAUUUGAGCAAACGUUAUCAUAAUAAUAAAAAGGAAUUUUGUUGUGUAAUCAUUAAUUUUAUUCUUUCUAGAUGAAUCAAAUGUACAGUAUUUUUGGAGAUUCUAAUUGUUUGGACUACUGAAAGUGCGGAAAAUGCUAUCUUUAAAUUUCAUCAGAUUGUUUUUUAUAAGUUUAAUGGUCUACAAAUUAAACGGUUUUGAUCAAAGCUGUCCAGAAAUUGACCAAUUAAUCCAUUCCUUACCUUAUGUGAGUUCACCUGAAACAAGUUGUAUAACAGGAAGAAAUUGUUCCUCUGUGCAAUGUGCAUCAGUAGCUGAAAAUUUCAAAUUUUCUGUUGGUUUGGCUGCCACAUGUGAUAAUGAUCCAGCAAUUGAAAUAAAUGCCAAUAUUCCCAACUCAGGAGUAGUUUUGUGGCGUGCAAUAUUUAAUGACCAAACAGAAAAAGCCAUUCCUGGUUACUUUUUUCCUGUUUCCUCAAGCCAAAAAAUUAAAAGGCAGGGUUACCUAAAGGUUAAUUUGAAAAAGUCUUCCAGCAGUUCAAAUUCAGUUGUCUUAGGCCUGAUACUUAUGGGAUGUGAGAAUGCUCCAGAAAAUGAGAAAAUUGUUGGUUCUUCUUGCACACAGAAACAAAUAAUUAAUAAUCUGCAACUUGAGUGCGGGAAAGGGCAAUUGCGCCAACACCAGAACAAAAUAUGUUCUUUAUAUCGGCCGUUUGAAUGCGGAGAAAAAGAAACGUGCUCCCAAGUUGGUCAAUCCGAUGAAGGCGAAUGCCGGUGCAUUACAGAAUUUACGAGAGAUGACAGUGGAAUUUGUUCUACUGUAAAAAAUCCACCUCAAGAAGUAUCAACCCUUUCAUCAUCUGAGCCAAAAGCUAACGAAACGAUUGUGUCGGAUUCAACGAAGGAUCCCGCCGCAUUAGCAGUCAACAUAGUAGUCCCAAUUCUAGUCGUAAUAUUGGUCGCAGCUCUAUUGUACGCUGCAUUUAAACACGGGCUAAUCCAUAGAUUAUUGGUAAAUUGUUCUGGGCGACGUGCUGAAACCAUGAUGAUUGAUGACGAUGAUGAUUCCCCAUUGUCAUAAAAUUUUAUUGCAAAUUGUUAGUUUUUGAAAUGUUUCACCAAAAUUGAGAAAUAAAAUAUAUUAAAGACAAUGACAAGAAAAACUAGUGUAUUAUCAUUGAAUCACUUCCGAAAUACAACUGCAGGGAGAAAAACGGUAGUACAAUACAACGAAGCGAAAUAUCCACAGCACAGGAAAUUAAAGGGGUGAAAAUGAAGAAUCAACUAUUGAUUGCGAUCUAAUUUUUCAUUCUACUCCGGUAGAAAGUGCUGCUUCUGCUUUGGUAGAUACAAACACACACCACACACACUCGAACGCAUACACACACACGAUGGA